AAUAGAGGGCAGCGCUCAAUAUAAUACAUAUUCGAGUAAAAGAAGCGCUUUUAUUUCACAUAUGACAAAAUGUCGGUGGCGUUUUCGUCGGCGCGCCCCAGGAGUAAAGGGGAGGUGACGCAGCAGACGAUCCAAAAGAUGCUGGAUGAAAAUCAUUAUUUAAUACAAUGUAUAAUGGACUACCAAAGCAAAGGGAAGACAGCUGAAUGCACACAGUAUCAGCAGGUCCUGCACAGAAACCUCGUCUACUUGGCCACGAUCGCAGAUUCAAAUCAGAACAUGCAGUCACUUCUACCUGCGCCUCCCACUUCCAGUACGCCAAUGGGUCCUGGAGGGAUGGGUCCGAGUGGGGGACACGCUCCCAGCAACCUCAACGACACCAUGGCACCAGGACUGGCCCCCACAUCGAUGAUGCAGAGCCAGAUGAGCAAUGGCUCCAGCCAUGCCCCCAUGCAGCAGCAGUCGGGUCAGACGCAGUCGGCCCUUCCCUCGACAUCCCUCAGCCUGCCAGCCAGCAGUUACGUUGGCUCGGCCUCUUCCUCGGCCUCCGGCUACAGCCAUGCUGCACCCUCCUCCCAGGGCAGCAUGAUUCAGAGCCCUGGUUAUGGCUCUUCCUCCUCCUCCUCUUCCUCCUCCUCCUGCAGCAACCUCAACAUGCAGUCCAACCAAGUCUCCAUGAUGCACCAACAAUCUGCCACUCCGCAGUACUCCUCAGCUCAGGCUGGGGGCCAACACUAUCAGGGACAGCAGGCCAUGGGCAUGAUGGGUCAGGGCAGUCAAGGAAACAGUUUGAUGACUCAGAGGCCCAUUGGAUCCUACCGCUCUUCACAGCAAGGAUCUGCACAGCAGCACAUGGGACAAGACGAGUUCUACGGAGAGCAGUAUGGACACACUCAGAGCUCCAGCGAGCCCAAAAACCAGCAGUAUUACCCUGAUGGUCACGGAGAGUUCUCAUAUCAACAGUCUUCAUACGGCGAGCAAGGCUACGACCGGUCAUUCGACGAAACCUCACAGCACUACUACGAAGGAGGUAACUCUCAGUACAGCCAACAGCAAGCCCAGUAUCAGCAGAGCUCUGGCCAGCAGCAGUCCUUCAGCCAACAGCAGUACUCGUCUCAACAAGGCUACACAGGACAGCCACAGGGAUACGGGCCUGGCCAGGGUGGAUCCUCCCAGUAUGCACAGUAUCAACAGGGUCAAAGCCAACAGUAUGGUUCCUACCGCUCGUCCCAGGGAGGCCCUGGAGCACAGACACAGAGGCCCUACGCUUAUGAACAGGGUCAGUAUGGGAAUUUUCAGCAAUAAAAGCACCACAUUGUUUUCGUGUUGGAAGAGAAUGAGACGCACUGAGCUCAGCUGUGGAUUAGAAGACCUGGCUGCAUCACAUUUAUUAUCCUUUCAUUAUGACAUUGAUUUUCAUUUUUGCAGAGGAAAACAAAUUAUGCUUCCUUUUUUACUUUUUAUCAGAUAGCGUAUAGAAACAAGGUUAAUGUCGACCUUCCAUAUGGAGGAAUUUCAGUACUAAGAAGGAGCAGUUAUGUCAUUCGAUAAAGCAUCCGGCCUAUGUCCUUAUCUUCUUUCUUUGUCUUUGCCUUUCACUUGUCUCUGUUCAUCUUUAUCAUAUCCUCCGCUUUGAUUUCAUUUUAGAAGCCGUUCUUCCUUUUUGUUCUUUUUUGGUGCACAGAGACGCGAGACUGUGGUUCGUGAGACUGUGGCUAUAAAAAGCAAACUGGCCUUGAGGGAAACGCUCCUUAAUAUAAAUCUAAUAGACUCAGUCCAGAUUUUGCUUUGACUCUCGUAGACUCGCUCUUAUAUCUCACGCUAAUGGAAUUGAAUUCUACGAAGGUGAAAACGUUUGGUCCUUUAACCUGACUUGAUCGGGGUGGUUUGUCCGUGUUAGUCAAACUGUGACGUGUUGCCGUGUGGUCAAACAUUACGUGUUUUCACUCUACAUAUGUCUACAUGGUUGAUAGUUGACUGAUCAAGACUCAAGUGUGUGAUGAUCAGACGCUGUGGUUGUAUUUUUGACUCUUAUGUCUGCAGUGGCAUUGCCCUGCACAGACACAGAGUUCAGAGGUGUUAUACUCCCAUUCAAUAAGGGUUUUUCCUAAAAAUUAUUGCUACUUUGUCUUGCACUUUAAUUUGCAGUGACAGUAUGUGUAUUAUUUGAUAUUUCGUAUUGUAGUGCAAUUAAGCCUGUUUCGUUUUUUUAUUUUUUUUCAACAAAUGAUCCUCAAAAAGCCAAAGUAACACAGGAACAGUCACGUGUCCUGCACCUCUGCUUUAAAAAGUGCAAUACACUCAGUCAGUCAUGUUGAGGUUGGCUCUUAUAAACUUUCACUUUACUGUUUGUAAUUUCUUGACUUAUAAUCAUGGCAGCGUCUAUGUUUAUUUAAUGUUAUGGAAUGUGUUUUUGAUGCAUCAUAUUUCAGAAAUGUGUGUUUAAUUUAUUUAUCUGUCUGAACAGAACAUAAAACUCACCCCUUCCGUUUUUUGUCGGUGAAAACUUUAUCAAUCAUCUGUAUUGUAUUAGAUCAAGGAAGUAAUGCAAACAAAUUGGACAAAGGGGUAUAGAAGGUUAGUUUUUAGAUGGUGUACAAGCACACUUGCCUUAUUUUACAUAUUUAUUUUAUCAUCUAUCUGUCUGCCUGUCUGUCCAUCUAUCAUUCUGUGUGGGCAUAUAUUAUGUUGUCGAUUUAUUGAUUUAAAAGAAAUCAGACACAUCUGGUCACUUUCUCCGUUUCCUCCAGUUAAAUCAGUAAUAUGGAUUAUAAAGGGUUAUUUGUGUGCGGGUUCAGCUUUGCAGUAUAUCCUGUAGUAACUCUACGUACCUCAGUGGGGAAUGAGCACAACAGAUGCAGUCAUUUUGCAGGGUUAAUCGAGAAUGAGCGAUACGUGGCUGUCAAACAGCUGAAUAACAAUGUAUCACUCGACAGUGACAAUCACAGGCUUCUCUGUACUACGAUGAAUCUGUGUCAGUGUUUCAUUUUACUGUGACCUGAACAUGUACGAUAUGACAAGUAUUUUCCAGUUCUCUGUCGUGUGUAAUCACUGAUGUGGCUCGUAUGACCUGUUUGUGUGCGUGUCUGUGUUUGCAUGUGUGAUAAAGAGAGAGAGAUAGAGAGUGAGCGGGUGGAAGUCAAGUUUGGUGUGUAUAAUCCAAAUAUGAAUCUUAUCUACUUAUCUAUUGUACGACUGCAUUGCCUGAUCUUUUCUGCUGUCUUUUGUUACUGUUUGUUAUAGAAAAAUAAACUGACAUUCACCUCUCGUA